CCUCGGUCAACUCGAGGGGUGGGGGAGUGGAGGGGGUAGGUCUCGAGCUAGCCGGGGUCAACUCACGCGCAUGAACACGUAGGUGGGUCAACGAGUUAGACCCCUCGAGCUACCCUGGCUAACCCGUUGACCGAGGCUAACUCCAACGUGUAAACACCACACGGUCAAGUGAGGUUAGGUGUGCGCAGUGUUUUUGAGGUGUUGUAAGCCCAUCUAUUUUCUAUUAUUAUGAAUACACCUGUGAAAUCGUUGGAAAAAACUUGGGAAGCAGUUUUCUGUUGUAUGAAAUCAUUAAUUUACUUAUUCUAUUUUAUGUAAUUUUUAUUGAUUUGUUUUUUACCACUUGUAACUGAUCGUUUCUGAAUAAAAAUAUCCUUUGUCGAUUGCGUAAAGCAAAUUUCGACCUGAUUUCGACUUAAAUUCGAAAUUGUUUAGGCUAUCUUGAGGUUAGAAAGUCACCCCAACAACGCUCCACCGGCACCGCGUGAACACGACGUCUGCUAGCCCUGGCUGAGUGGUGUCUCCCCUCCACUCCCCCACCCCUCGAGUUGACCGAGGCUAGCUCCCCCGUGUAAACGUAGUACCAGUUGUGGUGGUUUUCCGAUGACGAUCAGCGAGGCGACAUCCUCGCUUCGCAAAGGCUUCGCACUUAUCUGGUCGCGCUGCACGGGUUAGCUGGUUCGAUCUGGUUCCUGUUAAUUUUAGCUGGCCGUGCCCCGCGUCUUCCUGGGUCCCGCGUCAAGCCCUGCCGUCGCGUCCGGAAAGGAAAGGCCGUCGCCGUGAGCGUGAUCCUUGAAUGGGAUAGCGUGCAAAGUGCGAGAGUGUCUCACGUCCGACCGCAGCGUACCGAGCGUGCCCCUCGCACUCGCAGCGCCCGGGCUCGCCUUUUUUGGAGACGGCCUGGCGGUGUCGUUGUCACAUGCGCUGCCGCGUCGCGCCCAGACGUCGCGGACUGCACCCACGUCUGCCGAAGCCAGAGCAAGUCGUCUGCUUCUGCCAGUGUCUAGUGGUCUAGUCCAAGCAAGCACCAAAUCGUGGAGUGGAGCAUUCGCCUUGAAGAGGUGUCCACUUGAUCCGCCCCCGGCCUACCUGCAAUCGGACUGCCCUGUGUCACCUGGUGUUCACCAUGAUAUUUAAAGACUGGAUCAAGAAUUUUAGUCUGAAACAACGUCCGAUGAUUUUGUGUGGCCAUCCAGUUUUGAGUCUCAAGUGAUUUGGCAACUCGCCCCUUUACUAUAGCAUUAUUUUAUUAAUGGACUCAAAGGAAGACAAGGACACUCAACCUAUCUAUCUAGUCUGUUUGGUUUAUUUUCAUUGAACAUCUUACUUUAAGGCAGAUACUUCUAUUCGUGAUGUCUAAGGACCCAUCAUCCAAGUUUUCUUUAAAGAUUACAUUCGGUGCAAUGUCCUGCUGUGAGAUUGAUGCCAAGAGGUCUCGUAUUGGAUGGCGAAAGCCAGAUCCUGGGGACUGACAUCAGCUGUUACUCCAGCAACACCCCACCAAGCCAAGGUAGCCAAUGCCUCUGUGGUUGGGGAGGUGAACAUUGCUUGGAAAACUAGAUUUCAAUGGCCUGAAGCCUGAAGAAGUUGCAUUGCUGACUGCAAGCAGAAUCACUCCCCGAACCAGUUCGGAUUCUUUAGGAAGAAAACAACAAACCGGUGAAAACCCUGGAAGCAGUGUCGUGUGACUCAAAACUGAUCUCCGACAGCUCGUAUUGAUCUGUGCACUAUUUGCCAAUAGUGAAUAAGACCUUGGGUACUUAAAAAUUACAUUUCUGUGAUAAUAUAGGAGGUAUUUGUUUUCCUCAUAAAUAUACUGUGUUAUGUAGAUAGACUGAUAGUCUUUAAACUUUUUCUUUUCUACUUUCAAAAAGUUUCUAUGUUAAAAGAGACUUGCUGCUGCUUAAGUUGUGAAUGAGAUUGUCAGCUUAGUGGCUUAGUUCUAAACUCGAAAAUAUAUUGUUAUUUAAUCAUUAGUGUUAGUCGAAUUGUGCAAUCGAUAGUCAACUAGUUGCUGAUAUUCUCCUGCAACUGACUCAGACUCAACUGGCAAGACUUCAAGCUUGUUAAGCAGUUUUUCUUGUUGCACAACAUUGUUUCAAGAUUUGUGAAGAUGACUUCUACCAAUAUGAAUAGUAGCCGAGGUGGUUUCAUCUACUCUUUGAGAGCAUGGAUCUCAGAUAGUGAUCAACAUCUUCGCAAGAAACAGCUCUAUGAACAAAAUGCAGAGCUUUUGGAAAAUCAAGGUACUAAAGGAAAGAUCAGAAAUGGUGCCGCUCCAAAGAUGCAAUCUGGUGUUGAUUACAUCAAUGCUGGAAAAGAUGACCAAAUGGAAGUGUAUGGAUAUUGCCGAAGCCCAUGUCUGACAGCUAUUACUUGGUUCUUUAUAAUAUUGACUGGUGGGCUGCUUCGUCUCUUCUUUCAUUGGACGCCCCAUUGGUGGUUAUUUGCCACUCAUAUAAAAUGUGGAUUAGAAACAGCUCAAAAAGUUCUUCUAGUGGAAGAGUUUCAGAAAAAACACAAAUGCUAUCAUGUGAAGAAUGUUGUCACAUACACAAGGGAUAAUCUCGAAAGCUUCAGAGACAAGAAAGACAAAGGUGCUGAUGACAGUUGGGACAUGCAAGCACUUUCAGAAAUUAGGCAGAGCAAUGUUCCCCUCAGUAUUCAUACAUCUGGGGGGGUUUUCAAAGAAGUGGACUGUUUACGGAUGUUCCGUUGCAAAAAGAUGCGCUUUGCUUGGGACUGGGACCGCCAUGAAUUUCAACAGCUUCAAGGGCUCGAUAAUGAAGUGUCUACAUCAACACUUCAUCAGCAGAAGGGAGUGUCCCUGCAAGAUCAGUACAUGCGUCGCUGCGUGUAUGGCAACAAUGAAAUAAGGAUCCCCCUGAAAAGUGUCCCCGAACUCUUGUUCCUUGAAGUCUUGAACCCUUUCUAUGUUUUCCAAUUUUGUUCAUUCAUACUGUGGUUCCUGGAUAACUAUUAUUCAUAUGCUACUGCCAUCCUCAUAAUGUCGAUAUUUGGUGUUUCGAUGUCCAUAAUGCAAACAAGACGUAAUUUACGGAAUCUUCAGAGCACUGUUCAUUCUUCUGAUGUUGCCACUAUUAUUCGUGGCAAUACUGGAGAGGUGGUCACUGUCCCUACUGAACAUCUAGUUCCAGGAGACUUGCUCGUUGUCCCUUCUCAUGGCUGCAUUAUGCAGUGUGAUGCCGUCCUUCUUACAGGCACAUGCAUUGUCAAUGAAAGCAUGUUGACUGGUGAGAGUGUUCCAGUGACUAAAACAUCUCUACCAAACGUGCAGACUUUGAUAUUUGAUCAGAAAGAACACUCACGCCACACUUUGUUUUGUGGUACUCAAGUUAUUCAAACCCGCUAUUUUGAUAAAGAGAAAGUUCUUGCUGUUGUAGUCCGUACUGGUUUCUCCACUUCAAAAGGCAAUUUAGUUCGUUCUAUUUUAUAUCCUCCUCCCGUUGAUUUUAAGUUUGAACAUGAUUCCUACAAGUUUGUCAAACUGCUUGCUGGCAUUGCUAGUAUUGGCUUUGUGUACACAAUUCUUACAAAGUUUAUGAGAGGUGUGAGUGCCAGAGACAUAACUUUGGAAGCAUUGGAUCUCAUCACUGUAGUAGUUCCCCCUGCUCUACCUGCUGCUAUGACAGUCGGUCACUUUUAUGCUCAAAACAGGCUAGGGAAGAAGGAUAUAUACUGCAUCACUCCAAGGUGCAUCAAUGUAUCGGGUUCAAUCGACUGUGUGUGCUUUGAUAAGACUGGCACCUUAACUGAAGAUGGUAUGGAUAUGUGGGGAGUGGUUCCUCUUCGGAACAAUCAUUUUCAUCUUCCUAUCAGAGAGGUGGACACAUUGGCUGUGGAUGAUGAGCUUUGUAGAGCAAUGGUGUCUUGCCACUCCCUCACAAUCAUUGAUGGCAAACUGUCUGGAGAUCCUCUUGACCUUAAGAUGUUUGAAUCAACAAACUGGGUAUUAGAAGAACCUGAAAUUGAUGAUAAUUCAAAGUUUGAUCUGAUUUUUCCUACUGUUGUCCGGCCUCCUCCUUCAAAUGCUCCUGAUGUAGAACCUAUUGAAAUAGGUAUUCUCCGACAAUUUCCUUUUUCAUCAAGCCUGCAAAGAAUGAGUGUAAUCAGUCGAGUAUUAGGGGCGAGCAAAUUCAAAGUGUAUUGCAAGGGAUCUCCUGAAAUGAUCAUGUCCCUUUCUCUUCCCAACUCAAUUCCCCCCGAGUUCCAUUCAAUCUUGGAGGAGUAUACACAACAAGGGUACAGGGUAUUAGCUGUUGGAACAAAGACACUCUCUGGUAGUUACGUAAAGAUCCAAAGAAUGCAGCGGGAAGAUGUGGAAUGUGCUUUGCAAUUUAUUGGCUUAGUCAUUAUGGAGAAUCGUUUGAAACCGGAAACCACAGGGGUAAUCAGAGAACUGCGCUCAGCUCAUGUUCGUACUAUAAUGGUUACGGGAGACAACAUUCAAACGGGUAUGAGUGUGGCUCGUGAUUGCGGGAUGAUUCCUGCUUGUCGUUCCAUCAUUGUGGUCCAUGGAGUGCCAGCCAUUGCAGGGCAGUCUCCUCAAAUUUGUUUCACCCAGUCUCAAGCUGAUGCUGCAAUUGCUAAUGGAGGUGGAGAUGCUAGCUAUAUGACAAACAUGACCAAUAGCAACAGCUUGCAGAGCCUUGCCACAAUUGAAUCAGGAUCUGUUGUGUUUAUAGAAGACCCAUCAGGCAGUCCAACUCAGCUAGGCAAUGGAGAUGUGAAACUGGACAUGUUUAGCAAAGAUUUUUGCUUCGCUAUUACUGGCCGCACCUGGUCCAUUAUCAAGAAUCAUUUCCCGGAACUUAUUCCAAGAAUUGUUACUAGAGGGGCUGUAUUUGCUCGUAUGAGCCCGGAUCAGAAACAACAGCUUGUGCAGGAACUGCAAGGUCUUGGGUACUAUGUUGCUAUGUGCGGCGAUGGAGCAAAUGACUGUGGAGCUCUUAAAGCCGCCCACACUGGGAUAUCCUUAUCAGAAGCAGAGUCGUCUGUUGCCUCUCCUUUUACGUCCAAAGUUGCAAAUAUUUCAUGUGUACCGACUGUUAUCCGUGAAGGACGUGCAGCUUUGGUCACUUCUUUCGGUAUAUUUAAGUACAUGGCAGCGUAUAGUCUUUGCCAAUUCGUUUCUGUCAUGAUUUUGUACUCCAUUGAUUCAAACCUCACCGAUAUGCAAUAUCUCUACAUUGAUCUCUUCAUGAUUACGGUGUUUGCCUUUUUCUUUGGUCGCACUGAAGCAUUUGAUGGGCCCCUUGUGAAAACGCCACCUUUGGCUUCACUUGUAUCACUGUCCCCAGUGCUCUCCCUUCUUGCCCAGAUUCUUGUGGUGAUUGUUGUCCAGACUGGUAGUUUCUAUCACAUUCAGACAUAUGAUUGGUUUGUCCAUUUUGAUGCAGCAUCCACAAAAGAGGAAAAUGGAGUUGGCUGUUUUGAAAACUAUGCAAUAUUUGCUACUUCCAGUUUUCAGUACAUCAUUUUGGCUGUUGUCUUCUCGAAAGGACCUCCUUAUAGGAAACCAAUCACUAGCAACUAUGGCAUGUUACUGUCAUCUGUUGGAACUGCUGCCUUGACGGCUUGGCUUGUCCUAGGUCCCCCAAAAUGGGUUGAAGAUCAGUUUGAAUUAAAAAUGCCUGUGGACAUGAGCUUUUGUAUUUUGAUUCUUGUUUAUGCUGGCAUAAAUUUUUGCCUUGCAUCCUUGAUUGAAACUUUCCUUAUUGAUUAUGUUGUCAUCAAAAAGCUAAGGUACAGGUUUCAUAACAUUGAAAAGUCUCACCGUAAAUACCUUAAGGUUGAAAGAGACCUUUCCAAUGACCAUUCAUGGCCUCCACUCUCUCAAGAGCCUCCAGUUAUGGAUGUUAGUAGUGCUUUGAAACAGCCUCCUCGAAGUCCCGCUACCAUAACAGAAAUUUGCAGUGAGUUUUCAGCAGCACAGGGAGAGGCUAAUCAGAUCUCCAGGCAGAGAUUGGCAAGUGUUUGUGGAGUCACUCUAGAUCCAAUAGCCCUUAUCCAAGUGCCAAAGCGUCGCACAAUUAGCGAAUCUGAUAAAGUGCCUGUGAGCAAAACAUCUGAUCCAGUAACAAACAACCAUGUUUUGAAGAAUGGAAUAGUGCUGCAUAAUGGUGAUAAAUCCUUGAGCUCCUCUGGGUACACUGACAGUGUGUCCCCAUCGUGGAAUCCUCUACCUACUGACCGCCAGCUUUCUUGGCCGCCUACAAAUGUGAAUAGCAGCUGCAAAGCAUUGCCUCUUGAAAAGACUGCUGAUCAAGAAAGACCUCAAAGCAAUUCAAACAGUAUUGUUCUUGAAAUGAACAGCUUACCCUCUUGAGGUUGGCCUUGGCGGCUAAGUGCCGCUAUGUACAACAUUCUCUUGGUAAAAAUCUCCUUGAUGAGAAAAAUGGACACUUGUUCAAUGCCUGUGCACCUCAUAAACGGAUUUGCUAUGUGAGUGAAUUUUCUCAUUUGAGCCCAUUUAAAUGUGAUUUUACCAUUUAAUAUCCACCAGUUCAUUGAAGAAGGUGUGGAACUGUGAAAGACAGGGUUACUUGAAGUGCAACAAGUUAUUUUGUGUGCAAGUGUGUAUUGCUCUGAGUAAACUGCAUCAUAAGUCUUUAAGGUCUUUAAGGACCAGUCAGUUCAGUUAUGAAUUUUGAUCUGCAAGAGUAUUGGCAUGUUGGUUGAAGGAAGAAAAGUAAAUGGUCUCAUUUCUAUCAACGUGAAGUAUUACACCACAUCGUUAGAGAUUGAUCCAAUUCAUCUCUCCUUUUAUACUAAUCUGAACUGAAAAAUGUUAUGCUUAAUGUAAAAAAUAAGGUGAUCUAGGUUACUAGUCUGUAAGUAAUGUAAUAAUAUGUACUGUAAAUCCUUAACAUCUUAUCAGGCCUUAUCUUAACAAUUAAUUGGGAUGUGUGUGUACACCAGCUGGCCUGGGAUGAAAUUUAGUCAUUUAAUUUACGAGAAAUGUCUAGAGGUGUUUCAGCUGUCUGCAAUUUAAUUAUUGCAUGAUAACACUGCAAAUGCCUACUGUCAAGUGAAGAUUAAUCUGUAGGUUUACUUAAACUUGUAUCAGGGGUUAUUGCAUACUAUAACUCUUUUGAAAUGGAAAUCUGCCACCUUAAAUGUGUUUGCUUGCAUUUAAGCAAAAGUUUCUGAAAACAACGAUAUCUACUGCCAUGUUUUGUGAGCAUUUUUUUUCUUAGGUGUUUUCUGAUGAGUCUUAAUAUUUUGUCAAUCUAUCAAGAAAUCUUACUUUAGUCUCAGAUGUCUUGAAAUAUUUAUUUUGAGUAUGCCUUCUGUCUGAGGAAAGCAUGGUACCAUUUUGUAUCUUAACGGAGGCUGGCAUGUCUCUCUUUAAUAGUAUUAGUGGCUCUCUAUUGUUUUUGAAUUGAGCCAGCGUUUAAUGUUAAACUUAAAUGUUUACAGUUUCAACUUUUUUUUUUAAUGCAGAAAUUCAUGUAAAUUUUGUCUAUCUAUUGGACUGACAUUAACAGUAUGUAUUUAUGUGGGUGUUGUGUUGCUUUUUAAGAUGAGUCAUGUGCAUAUCAAGUCAUAUAUUGCUUCUCUUUUCUGUGUACUCUUGACAUUGCUGUAAGUUGAGGCAUUCAGUUUUGGCACCACAACUAGUUUGUUCUGGCAACUUCUAUGUACUUAGUUUAUUAGACUUUUAAUUACCGUAUUGUAUUUUUUAUACUGACACUCAUUUUGUGUUAAGUAAAACUUCAAACUUAGUAUAAUGGUUGAGACAGGAACAUGUUUUGAUUGUCUGGCUGCUGUACACGUUCAACUGAUGAAUUGUACUUCUGGUUUUAGUUAUUUUAUCAGAUUUUAUCAACUGUGUGUACUGAAAUAGUUGUCAUUUCAAUGUGCCACUAUCAGCUUCGUUUUUGUCUUCCUGAAUAUCUCACUUGAACUUGUAGCAGUCCUCUACCUUCCAUCAGCAUGAACUUGAGGAAAAUAUUGCUAUUUCACAUGCAAGUGGCAGAGUCACAACUACCUCUGCAUCAUUGUGUGAGGAACUCACACCAUAUUCAUAUGCUCCAAGCAGCUUGUAUGUCAUAUCAACUAAUAGAUUUCUGUGUUAAUGUACAGUAUUUACUACAUUUGGUGUCAUGUCAACAUUUGAUCUUUUAAGUGACUGUUUUUCCUUUCUAUUUUUUGUUUGAAAAGAGGUCAAUUCUAUUAAGUAUCAACUUUUAUCAAUUUUAUUUUGUGUUGAGUUACCAUAGGGUUGUAGAAUUUCAUUUAUCUUUUAAAAGAUAUUUGUGGUUACUGUUGGUUUUAUAGUGCUUGUUACUACAUAUUUUGUUUCUGUUUUCUGUAAAUUAGAAUCGCAGUAGAAUUCUGAUACGAGUGGACCAUUGGGGCAUAAUUUUGUUAAGUCUUGGCUUGAACAGAUAAUAUUCCAUUUUGGUGUCACUUAAGAAUUGACUUUUUAUUGGGGUAAAUUUGAUCACUGCCAGUGAUACUUUGUGAUUUUCCAGUAUAGCUAUUUAACCUAGACAGCAUUUUAGCCAUUUAUCAAUUCGAGAGCCCACACAGUUUACAGUAUUCUUUGAGGCUCAGGGUUGCAAUACUAGGUAGUCAACGCUUAAGCUGUCAACAGCUGGCAUGAUGAAUAUUGAUUAGCAUGAUCAGUUCAAUAAGGAAACCAUGUUCUCAUCAACAGGUUUAUUUUAUUAUGAAGCAUUCACAACUGGCUAGAUAUAGGAAUCUUCGUUCUUGGUAAAUCCAAUUACAGGAAUGUCACUCAAGCCACUUAAAUAAAGAUUUUUAUGAAAGUACA